AUGUCGGGAGGAAGUCGUACGGCACCCUGUCCUGACAGAAUAAGACCAGAACACCUGAAGAACCUUCCGCUAGUACUCAUCAACACCUUGGCGAAACUCUUCACACGUUAUCUGUCGGAAUGCAAGGUUCCUAAACAGUGGAAGACCAGCAAGACCGUGUUGUUGUAUAAAAAGGCAGAUCCACAUGACAUCGGCAACUAUCGUCCAAUCUGCCUACUGUCCGUCAUCUACAGGCUCUUUACAAGAGUGAUCCUUAAUAGGAUUGAAAAAGUCUUGGAUGAAGGACAGCCAUGCGAGCAAGCAGGGUUUCGAAAAGGAUUCAGCACGAUUGACCACAUUCACACUGUUUCGAAACUCAUCGAGUUAUCACGAGAGUACAAGAUACCGCUCCGUCUCACCUUCAUCGACUUGAAGAAGGACUUCGACUCAGUUGAGACGGAAGCGGUCGUGGAAGCCUUGGACAACCAAGGCGUCCCUACUCAGUACAUAAAGUUGGAAUGGGACGACAUGGGAGUGAAGGUUGAUGGUCGGCAGCUAUAUCAUUUGCGCUCUGCUGAUGACAUCGUACUGAUAACACCUAGCAUCAGCCAAACGGAACGAAUGCUGACCGAAUUCGACGAAACAUGUGGAUGCAUCGGUCUUCAGCUGAAUCUGCAAAAGACGAUGUUCAUGCGGAACGGAUGGGCCUCGGAUGCCCCAUUCACGCUCAACGGAACAAACAUAUCCGAAUGCACCAGCUACGUUUAUCUGGGUCGGGAACUGAACAUGAUGAACGACCUGACCUCCGAGCUGGGCAGGAGGAGACGAGCGGCUUGGGGAGCGUACAAGAGCAUCGAGGAUGUAGUGAAGAAGACCAGGAACACCCCGCUCCGUACUCACCUCUUCAACACCACCGUACUUCCUGUUUUGACCUAUGCUUCGGAAACCUGGGCAUUUCGCAAGCAGGAAGAAAACGCAGUGAGCGUCAUUGAACGCGCAAUUAGGAUAUUAAUGCUUGGAGUAUCCCGUUUCACGCAAGUGAGGGACGGGAUUCGAAGUUCUCUCCUACGUCAGCGAUCGAAGAUUAGAGACGCCGCCGCGUUUGCCAAGGAAAGUAAAAUAAGGUGGGCCGUUGGACCAGAGCCGUGA